CGCCGCUUUGCUAUUGGCUGGCCGAGGCUCGUUCCGGCCGGGGGCGGGCCCCGCGCGGUGGCGGGAAAGCUGAGGCCUCCGCGCUUCCCUGGACCUUAACGAGCUGCGGAAGGCGAAUAAUACCGGGCCGGCAGCUGGCGCCAGCAUGGACGCGGCUGAAGUGGAGUUUUUAGCCGAGAAGGAGCUGGUUACCAUUAUCCCAAACUUCAGCCUGGACAAGAUCUACCUCAUCGGGGGGGACCUGGGGCCUUUUACCCCCGGCCUACCGGUGGACGUGCCCCUGUGGCUGGCGAUCAACCUGAAACAGAGACAGAAGUGCCGGCUGACGCCUCCUGAGUGGAUGGACGUGGAAAAGCUGGAGAAGAUUCGGGACCACGAGCGGAAGGAGGAGACUUUUACCCCCAUGCCAAGCCCGUGCUACAUGGAACUUACCAAGCUCCUGUUAAAUCACGCUUCGGACAACAUCCCGAAAGCAGACGAGAUCCGGACCCUGAUCAAGGACGUGUGGGACACUCGCAUCGCCAAGCUGCGGGUGUCCGCGGACAGCUUUGUGCGGCAGCAGGAGGCCCACGCCCAGCUGGACAACCUGACCUUGAUGGAGAUCAACACCAGCGGGGCUUUCCUCACACAGGCGCUCAACCAGAUGUACAAACUCCGGACUAACCUGCAGCCCCCGGAGAGCGCCCCGUCCCAGGACUUCUAGAGAAAGACGUGGCCUUGUAAAGAGAGGCCUUGCGUCCGCCGGCCCGGAGGCUUGCCUGCUGGUAUGUGUGCGUGCCUGAGGCCUGGUGGAGGCAGUCCUGUUUCCGGGGUUCUAGAACUGUUUUCUGGACGCAUGAAAACCCUGUACCAGAACAAGGAGUGGGGUCGUGACUUUGUCGGACAGCCGCGGAUUUGUGCUCAGGCCUCGAGUGGCUCUGGAACUCCCCAUCUGUCGCUGUUCUCCGAUGGGGGAGGCAGGCAGCUUUGGCGGGAUGCGGGGUUUUUCCUGGCAGGGCCUCCGCCUCCCGCACGCGCCUGCCAUGCGGGUGAGCGUCCGGUGAGGUCAUGUAGCGCGACGUGGCCCAGGGCUCUCCUGUCUUGGCCAGUGCUCGUCUCUUGGCUUGGCGUAGCCUCUCCUAGGGGCGGCUCUCGGGAAGGAUGGCAGAUGAGCCGCUGACCACAGUUCCCCGUCCGAGCCCCAAUAAAGACGGAGUGCCCCCAAA